CUUUAUAGGGCAACUGACAGUCAAGUUUCCUUCCUUCUUCAUGUUGAAAAAUGCCACUGUUUGUUAUCUGCCUUUUUAUCUCUUGCUUGUGCCUCACCCAUGCACACACUCACAAACACACUUCCUGUGAAACUGUCAGGCCAGCUCAGUGGUUUUAUUCUGUCACUGUGUUUGUUCGCUCUCCUCGUGUUGAGCGCUGACCUCUCCCAGCCCGCCUCCUGCUGCUGCUGCAGAACCACUAGAGUUCAGAGAUCGAGAUCCAACAUCAACACAGCCGUCUGGACUUCUGUGAAUGCAGUGCAGCGGCUCUCAGACAUGAAGCAGUGCUGAGGAAGCGGCAGGCGGUGAGACGUGUUCACAGAGGUGACUGAUGACAUGGCAGCAGCCCUGCCGGUGUGUUACCACGGCUGCAUGAGCAAGAAGGAGUGCGAGGAUCUGCUGGGGAAGAAGAACAAGGAUGGAGCGUACCUGAUCCGAGACAGCGAGACCAUCCAGGGAGCCAUGUGUCUGUGUGUUUAUAAACAGAAGACGGUGUUCACCUACAGAGUGCUGCAGACACACACCGGACACUAUACUCUCUUGACAGCAGGAGGUCUGGAGGAGACGUAUUUCAAGAGUUUGGACGAUCUGAUUCGUCACUAUAAAAAGAAGAAUCAGGGCCUGGCCAUGCACCUGCGCCACUCUGUCAAGAGGAAGACGGCCUUGUUGAUCCAGCCCCGACACGCACCUGCACCUGCACCUGCACCUGCACCUGCACCUGCACCUGAGGCGUCCUGGGGGGCGUCCAUGUCUCCACCAGAAGAGGACCACGACUAUGAAAACGCUCCCAACUCUGAAUACGUCGAAGUCUUACCUCCAUGAACAUCAACAUUAAGCGUCAAACAGCCGAGGAGAGAGAAGACAAAGACGGACUUAAAAAUGGACGACAGGUUCACAGACUGAAUCAGAUUCAGGAUAACUAAGAAGGAAUGUGGACAGAUGGACAGAGGCUGAAGAACACAUUCUUCAUCUGCUUGUUCUGCUGAAGUUACACGCUUUUAAUUUUGGCUUCCUGUUAUUUCGUUGUGUUAAAAACAGCUCGAGUUAAUUUAAUUCAGACAGUGGAUGAAUUGAAAUCACUUUGAUGAUAAAAUGGACCAAUUAUCUGG